AUGAUGAACGUUUUCUACAAAAAAAAAAAGCUCUUCAAGGCGCUGCCAACCUACUUUGCUCCCAAGCUGUUGGACUUGUUCAACUCGAUUUGGGAGGGCGGCAAAAUGACGGCGUCCUUGGCAGAGGGGCUGGUGCGGCUCUUGCCCAAGAAUAAACCGGGGGCCAAUCUGAAAUCACUGGGGGCAUACCGACCGAUCACAUUGCGCGAGACGACCUACAAGGUCCUCAGCAAGGUCUUGGUGGCGCGACUCAAUGGGGUGCUCGGCGAGCUUUUGCCGCCGGCGCAACACGGUUUCAUGCCAUCAAGACGUUCAGCGGACGCGGGAAGUCAUCUCACUCUCCUUCUCGAAAAACUCAAGUCGCUAGGCACUGAUGUUUUCCCCGAGGGCGCCCUCUUGUCUUUGGAUCAGCAGAGCGCGUACGAUCGGGUCGAUCACGCCUGGAUCUUCGAGGUCUUUGAGGCCUUUGGGUUCGGUGAGCGUUUCAUCUCGCUGCUGCGCGCUCUCUACGAUCCCGAGACUCUGGGGGUGCGCUACCUUGUCAAUGGGUUCCCCACGGACUUGGUGCGGUUGCUGUGUGGUCUCGGUCAGGGGGAUCCCCUCUCGUGCCCGGUUUGGAACAUCACGUACCAGCCCUUCCUCGACGCCCUCGUUCGGCGCGGGAUCGCGCUCGACCUGCAGAAGGUGUGGCCAGGGGGGCCGCGUGCGCAGCUUACGCAUCUGGCGUUUGCCGACGAUGCUGUGGUGGUGGUGGAGUCACCGGCGGCAUUGUCGAAGCUGCAAACGCUGUCGCAGACGUGGUACGAGGCUACCAACGGGAAGACCAACACGGACAAGACGCUGGUGCUACCACUCGGACCGAACUGGCUUCGGGACGAGACUGCGCAGGCGCUGCCAACGGUGCAGGAGGGGGAGAGCUUCAAGUGGUGCGGCUAUGCCUUCUUUCGCCACGGUGACUCGAAACUGUUUUGGACCCAUGUUCUUGACAGGAUCAAGGCCAAGGCCCGCGCCGCUCGAGACCGGACACUUUCGCCGAGUGGGAAGGUUUUCUAUGCCAACGCUCACAUCAUCUCGACGGUCCUCCACGUGCUGUCCUUCGACAUACCGCCUCAAUGGUUCAUUAAGGCGGCGGAGACGGCACUUACGGACUUUGUCUGGGGAGGAGCAGGGCGAAAUACCGUCGCUCGCGAUUUCGUGUUCCAGGCUCGGGAGGACGGUGGCUUGGGUUUGAUUUCGAUUGGCGACAUCGUUCAUUCGGUGGCGCUUCGAUUUUGGGAUGCUGUGGCGGGCUCGGACGAGGCGAUCUGGGCGCCCCUAGCUCGCGAGAGCUGGAGGUCCCUCGUCGCUGCGACCCGCGAUUUCAGUCCGUGGGGGUUCUUCAGCAGCACGGCUCGGGUCGAGAAGCUGUAUCGCGACUCGACGCGCUGGGGGGCAGUCGUUGCAGCGGCCAGGGUCACAGUUCCAACCAUCAAGUCCGAACUCCUUACGCUUCCCGAAUUGCUCUCGCUUCCGCCUCGCCUCCCUUCACUCUAUGCUGAAGGUGCCCAGCACGCAUAUGACGAUGCGGACGCGGUGGCGAAGUUUGCGCAGAUCGCGGACCUGUACUGGAGGGACGAAGGGAAGGGAUGGGCUCUGGUUGGUCAUCGACGCGGGUUCUGGCAGCACUCUAAGGAACCCGCCCUACAGCACGAGCACGUGUGGUCGCGCGUGGGUCAGUUGCUCAAGGCGAAAGCGUUGCUGCCCGAGACCGCGUUGCGACCUGCUCGGAUACCUCUCAAGGAGGCUCCCCGUCCUCGGUGCUUCAACUUCUUUGGGCUCUCCCGACCUUUUACGAUUCGCAAGCUUCGUCGGCUUGUGAACAAGGUGCGGUUCCCAGGGAGGGAGGACCGUGUCAAGCGUUUCCCUGAUGGGACUUCUCAGAGCGAUAGGAAGCGCUUCUGGAGAUGGCUUCAUGACCGGUUCGCGUCUGCUGUCGAGCAGGACACCCACUGGCGGCUCAUGUACGACGUGACGCCGACGCGCAAGAGGCAGCAUACUCAGGGUCAUGCCUCUUCGCCGACGUGUCUGUUCUGUGGCAACGAUGCAGCGGUCAUCGAGACGGUGUCCCACUACUUUUUCGAGUGCGCGUACUCGACCAGCUUCUGGGGUGGGGUGCUACGCAUUCUGCUUGACAAGCUCGGCAUCGAGGAUACCGACGUCGAUCCGUCGACGUUCACUCCGGAGCAGCUGACUAUGGGGCUCCCCCUUUUGCGGGGUCGUGGGAGAACGACCUCGAAAUGGAUGUGGGUUCGGCUGGCCUGCGCGAUCGGCUUCCAGCGGCUGCACUUGCUCCGCUGGCGCGUUCAUCAGCGGUUCGAGCUGGACAACGUCGUGGCCCCUCCCUCGCUUCCCAGUGCGCUCAGAGCGUUCGAGCGAGAUUUUCUCUCUCGAGCGGGUUUUGUGCCUGGGGUUCGAGAUUGGGAGGUGUGAUGACCGAGUUAAGUCCUUCCUUCCCAUUUUCCUCCCCUCCUUUCCUCCCUUCCUUUUCGGUCAGAAGCUGACUGUCUUGAAACUUGUUGCGCAGUGGAAGGCUGCGCACCUCUCCCUCUCUCUACUUUGCGCAGUAGCGAUUUUCGUUCUUGGAUGGAUCGGCAAGCCGGGUCGAUCGUCGUUGCGUUGGAGGCUUUGUGAAGUUCUCCCCUCUCUUUCCCCUUUCUCCCUUCCCUUCCUCUUCUCGUUCCUGUUGCUCGGUUGUUGACUACGCUUCAGCCACUUCUCCUUUUAUUCCUAAGCCGUGUGUUGGAUUCCGUCGAAUAGAUCGUUCGUUCGCGUUGGUCAAGAUCUACGGCAUGGAUCGGGAAGAAAGGUCGCUCGUUUUUUUGGUCAAUAUCCUCGCGUCAAGGCGAGGCUUGUUUCGUUGUAUUGGAUCGUUUUCGCUCGGCCCCGACGGCUCAACAGCCAGCACUCGAGACUCAGCCAAGGGAGGACAUCAGGCGCUGUCGGGGUGACGAGUAG